AUGGCGCCGGCUAAUGUAUUCACUGCAGGACAGAUCAGGAAACUUGAGGGGAUUAUAGAGUUUGCUACAGAUCUUCUUUCCAGACUACCGAUCCCCCAUGACUCGAGCUCGAGCGAGGUUCUUCUUUCCGAUCUGAAUCACCAUAUAUCCUCGGCCAAUGCUUUGACUAAGAAACAAGCAGUACCGCCGACUGAUAUUGCAGAAGGAUUGAGAGAUGUUGGCAGGAGACUAUGGAACGAGUGUAUCAGAGAGAGAAGAAAAAAUGACGGCAUUCUGUCAUCAUCCUCGAGGAUCCAGCUGCAAGCACGCGCACGUGUUCUGGCCUUUCUUAUCCAUGCUUUGGCAAAAGAACCUCGGAGCGAUAAUGAGGGAAGCCGCGUCCAAGAGAUUGCAAGUAUGAUAGAGUUGUCACUUGCGCUGGCUAGAGUUUGCGUUGAAUCAUCCGAUCUGAAUGGCGCGCUUUUAAGCAUGACAAAGGCCACCGACUACAUCGACCGACUGAAGAUGGCGGAUGAUACAACUGCAGAAGACCAAGAACAGAUACAAAGGAUUGAGGCGGAAUACUUUGCGAUGCGAUGCGCCUUGUCGUGGAAACAAGGUUGUCUCGAUGUUGCCGAGCACAUGUACGCAAAAGCAGAUAGUCUCUUACGACAUGUUGAUUCAUCGUCCGCCGAAAGGCUGGCUGAUACGUUUCACUGCAUUGGAAGCGAACUCUUGUCCAGGGAAGAUCACAGCAUGGCUUUGAAAUGGCUGCGGCGGGCGCUCAAUAUCAUCAAAACACAGGAGCUGGAAAGACUAUCGACGGAAGGACUUGAACUUCGAAUGUCCAUCCAUCACGAACUCAUUCAAGCAUUGCUUGCUAUAGAUUCCGAAGAGCAUUUAGAAGAAGCGGACAAUCUCGUGUCGCAAGUGGAAUCCGAGAUGGGAGAUAAACCAAUUGUUCUCCAUUGGAAACUGGAAAUUAUUCAACGAUUUCCUGGGGAGCUUUUCGAUGCUGAUGAGUACGCAAGUAUUUUGCGACGUAUGAUCCGAUCGCUUACCCUUUCGGAUCCCGGGCUCGGACUUCUGCUACAUGGCAUUGAAGAAUUGCGCACAAGGGGACCUCGACUGGCAGUAGGUUUGAUGGAAGAGCUGAUAGCCAAGAAGCUGAUACCAUGUGGUAAUGUGGAAUGGGUAGGAAAAGCUGUAGUCCGACGUGUUUGGAUGGGCACAAUGGAAGCAGAUACGUCCAAGGGAGUGGGGGAUUUGGUCCGCCUGCUGGAUCAACUCAUUUGGAAGAGAGUCGAUGCAAGCUAUGCCAAAAAGCACUGCGAAGCUACUCAGGGAAAGUUUGGUCGAAGAAUGAUGCGCUGUGCUAUCUUAUGUGAGAAUGCAGAUUCUGCAUACACUGCUUUCAAUGCUAUGCCAACGAGUAUCCAGGAUGAACCUCUUACGAGAUAUCUCAUGUUCAAGGUGGCUCUAAUGAGCUGGAACCAUGAACUAGGACAUCAAUGUAUCAAGUAUCUGAGUGAGAUGCCAGACAAAUCCCAAUGUCAAGACAUCAUAUAUGCAUGUGUCAGGGAUGCACAGAAUGCCGGCGACAAACUAAUGACACUGGAGACUUUGAAAGCAGCGGUCGAAACAUUUGAUAUGGAGGGCUCUUCAACUGCGAAUUUGCCUUCGAUAUUCAGAUGUGCGAUACGACUGAUACACAUGAUUGAUGCCCCGCAGGAUGAACAUAUGGAUGGGGUUCCUGACCUUGCAGAAGAUACUUGUUGCAUGUUUGAGAGAGCAGCAGCAUUGAUCUCGCAAGCACGUACUGAGGACAAAGUAGAUGAGCAACUUCAGCGAUAUCUUGAAGCAAGAUCGCAUAUUUCAGAAUUUGACGCAUUCUUCAGUGAUCAUAUUCGGAGUGACCCAAAGUCUGGUAUUUACCUAGACUUACUGGCCAAAAUGUCAACGCUUUUUGUCUUUGAUUUUGAGAGUGCUAUCUGUCUGAAGCAGUGGGACGAUUCGAGCGAAAUCAUCAGAAAGGCCACAAUCUGCAAAGAUGAGACAAUGUACAAGGCUAUGGCAGACUGCCUGUUGAGGAGUGAAGCUCCGGGCAAUGUUGUGUACGGAGCAAUGCGUCUUAUUAUCAACGAAAUAUACCUACUAGAAGGUUUCGACAACACACGGCUGGCAAAGUACAUACGCUGCUUAUUCAAGGCUAUUUUGCCCCUGAACGAUGGUUUGGCCUUGCAAGUUGUCGAACAAGCAGUCAAGCUCGCACGAGAAGGAAGUCAAGUACAAACUCCUUUCCCGGCAGACGACUUGGACUACAUCGUCGCAGCAACUUUCAAUCAUGCCGUUGAUAUCUCUGGGAGGGGUGACGAAGGGCUAUGCCAACAAUGGGUUCUGAAAGCUCUGGAACUCGCAGAGUACAUGGAUGACGAGGGCGAUAUGAGAGAUAGUUUGCGCGAGAGAGCCGCUGAAAUGGGAUUAGGUAAGGAAGCUGUACUCUAA